AUGCCCUCUGUGCCAAGUUUUGACCCCUCACUAGACGAGGAAAAGCCACUAGAGCGGUCUCUAGGCAACUCCAUAUUCGAAGUUACUUUGACGAGGAACAAUCGAGUCGGCCUCUUCAAGGAGAAUGUUGAACGACUCAACCUGAGUAACAAUGAGGCACACGCCGCUUUGGGAAAUCUUCGAUUAUGGGCACCGGAUUUUGCAAAAGCUUUCAAAGUCCGCGAUCGGGACAGCCUACUUAAUACACCUUUCCGGUUGGUGUGUCAGAGCGACGUUGGCAAGGUACCCUUCGAUGAAGAAAAUGUGAUACGACAAUACCUUGCUGUUAGCUACUGCUGGCGUCAUCCGGAUCACGUCUGGCCGAAGGACGAUUCAAAGCCUUACGCACCUUGGCCUUUCAGUCAGCCCUUCGUUGAGGCUGUCCUUGCCGAGCGCGGUGUGCAUACGGAUACUCGAGAAAGGGAUGAGAAUUUUCGCAGAGAGGGUAUCUGGAUUGACCAGAUGUGUAUUCGCCAGGAGGACGAGGUCGAAAAGCAACAAUGUAUUGCAAUGAUGGAUAUCAUAUACGACAGGUGCCGAAGGCUCUUGAUUCUUCUUGAGGACGUGUGCUUCGAGGCUGAGGAAGUAGCCGUGUUGGAAAAGUACGACAAUCCAUCCGCACGGUAUGCCCAAGAUGGAGAUUUUCUCCCCGAUCAAGCAGACAUACCACAGCUAGUUAAUGUCUGCGCCGCUGUUGAAAACUCGCGCUGGUGGUCCAGAGCAUGGUGCUGGCAUGAAUUCGAGGUCAACAAGCCAUGGAGUGAUAUGAGGCACCACUACUAUGCGCACAAUGCAAUUUUUAUUGCCAGGACAACCUCUGCUUGCGACAACGGCGCCAUGACGUAUGGUCUUAAGUAUUCGACAUUAGAGUGGGCUCGAAGCGUCACCAUUUACAAUGUUCGAGCCGCAGCCGGCUAUGAAUUCAGUCCAAAGGAACUCCGUUGGACCAUCAGUGACAAUAGCGUUUCUCCAUACAAUGAUCCUGCACAGCGCGGGGUCGGCACGAUAAGAUCAUCGCUGAUGGCUAGCUAUUUCAUCGUCAGUCCUAUUCAAUGCACCAUCCCAUCAGACAUCGUCUCGAUCACAAUUAACCUUGCCGGAUUGGCAGUUCAUUUCACUGGCCAUUCCCAGGAUUAUGAUAUGGUGUUCUUUACCGUCUCAAUGCUUGCCCUUGCAUGUGGAGAAAAGAGGCCUCUCACGUGGAUGGCAAAUACUCAAGCGAAGGAUUCUGCCAUGUUUGUUGGUAAGCGCGAUAAUGUCUCAUGGUUGUCUCGACCCUCUGGCGGACUCGAAACGGCGCUCCCGGAAUUCACGGUAGGGAGCGUGCAGGGCAUACAUAGCAUAACACUCCAGCAAAUCAACUUAGACCUACUCUUCUUUGAGUCACCGGUCGAAAUUAUCGCUGACGAGGAGAUGGCGAAGACUUACGAGCUCUUUCCGGACAAUUGUAUCCGCUCACGUGAGGUCAGACUCCGGGAUGGGAGACUGGACUUGACAUCAACGAGCAUCGAUGAUGACAAAUACAAUCCUCUGCGUCGUUGCUUCCUCGCCGCGGUGUGCAGGCUUGGGCUAGAAGGGAUUUGCCGCUUGUGGACCCUGCUUGAUAAAGAAGUUGUGCAGCCUUCAUUCAACAACGUCCGCUUCGUGCCAUUUGAUGGAGACGAGGCUCUCCGUUUGUCAGCGAGAAAACUACUGGACUGGUUGUCGACUCCGUCUGCCGUUGAUUCGUUCCCUACGUCAUCUCAAAGUUACUCUGAUUAUGAGGAGAUCCUCCUUUUACUUCUGACGUUUAUCACGGACCCCAGAGCCUUAUAUCUGGUAGGCUUCCCUUGUGGAUUGAUUCGGUGCAGCAAACAGUCGCACGCCAUUGUUGGCUAUCCAGUAUUGCGGGACUUGUCCCUCUAUCGUAACCCAGCGCAGCUCCGUUUAGCAAUGCCCACAGAUCUGGUAGCAUACCCGUCUAAUGUUACACGCGCAUGGAUUUUACAGCCUCUUGACGAAAAGGGAGAAGAUUUUUCGAAUAACCUCAAUAAGGAAAGUAAAGGCUUGUGCGAAAGUGCAGCGGGAAGAUGGAGACUGGUUGGGAAGACUGUCUUACUGGGUGGGCCUGACGAAGUCCCCUUAACAAGACAUACUCAACGUACAAGCAGUCAAUAUGUCACUGUCAGGACAAAACAGAUCGUGCAAGGUUAA